CUUAACGUAGCCAGGCAAACAAGAAGUAGACGCCAUGGGCCUCGCUUUUCCUUGAAAGCGUGGAUAUGCAUGUGCCUUGUGGAGAAAGGUAAGCGUGUAUCUUGCGUGUCAUGAUAUGCUUUGCAUUCCUGGGACACACAUUAUUGUUCAACAAUCAACUGUGAGUCCAUGAUUGCCCACGCUCAGUGUACAUUGAGGCCGCAACACAGUGGGAUGCACUCUCACCCUUUGCCCAGAGGUGCGUCGAGUUGUUGACGGUGAAGAAACCGCUGCCCCAGAGCGUCCCGAAGCGUUUGGAUUUUCGUUUUGGCUUGGCCAGCAAACGGACAUGGAAAGUUUGGAAGCUCCCAUUUGCAUUGUAUAGGAUAACAGCAUGCCCUCCAAACCUCGAGUGGUUUUCGUAGAGCAUGUUUUUGCAGUUUUGGCAUACUUUCGAUACUGCACACCUCAGCACCGGACGGGCUUCAAAAAGUCCUGUUCCUGGCUUGGUUACUUUGCGAUUUUCCUUGCAUGACGCUUUUGUUAAAUCUCAAAAACCAUGAUCUAUACUAUACAACACUGUUUUCAUAGCCACUCACCAAACUCAGCCGGUACCAGAACUGUUGCCUUGUAGUUUCAAACAAAUGGAUCUCCUUCGCGGAUCGUUCCAACCGCCAUCUCUCUUCCGUCUUUCUGUGAAGCUUGAGUUGCGGAUUCCGUGGCAGGGGCUGGGCCAACACUUUGUGGACAUCAAAGUGCAGAUUGUGCAUGAUGUGCUGCAGCAACCCAACAGAUCCACUCAUCUAUUGCUGAGGAAGAAGACCAAGAGAUGUUGAAUCUCAUCACCAACUCCAUGAAUGCUAGUGCUCACCAAGCAGUUUUCCUAGUGCUGGGUUUGGGGAAUGAUGUUAUUCCUUGCGUGCCGCUUCUAAACAGAGCAAGCAAAAACAUCUUCAAACAACAUGGCGCGAGCACUUGGGCCACAAAAAGGACAUUUUUCGGGGGGCCCCGGGGUCCGGGAGGGUUGGGGUCUUUGAGGCUGGAUGAAAAUGAGUAGUCCCUGCUCAUACCAAACCUGGUAAGCUGUUUGCCGAGGCUUGAUUCUUUGAGUCACUGAGAGACUCUUAGAACUCAAGAGUGUUUGCCGAGCACAUGCCCUGGAAUCCUUUGGAUCUGCGAGGAGCAAGCCUGAAGAAACGUACUGCGCGAAUUGGCGACUUUGGUAAGCAGCAGCAAUGGGAGAUGGCUGUCCAAGUUAUGCAAGAUUUGCGAACGGAGUUAUUGCAACCAAGUACUUUCACCUACAGCUCGCUGGCCACAGCCUUCGUCAGAAGUGCACAGUGGGAAAGACCUCUCGAACUGCUUGGAGAGAUGCGCAGAGAGAAAGUUCGACCAGAUAUUCACUUCUUCAGCACACUCAUUUCGGCCUGUGGGGUUGGGCAGGAUUGGAUGGCAUCGUUGGCCCUUUUUUCCGACCUGAAGGCCAGCAGUCUUCAGCCAAGUCUGGUGGCGUACAAUGCGACCUUGAACGCUUGCUCCAAAGGAUAUGAGUGGGAGGCAGCAGUUCAUUUGUUUAGCAACAUGCCGUGUCAAAAGAUUCGACCCGAUCGGAUGACAUUCACAACCUGCAUCACAGCCCUUGGCAAAGCGUCGCUGUGGCAAGAAUCGCUGCGGCUGUUUGGGCAGAUGCAGCUGGACAUGACUGCUGACUUGGUGAGCAUGAGCUCAGUGAUCAAUGCAUGUGGCAAUGGUAUGAACUGGCAACUGUCCCUGAUCCUCUUGGACGAUUUGAAGAUCUAUGACCUCCGCCCUAAUGUGACAACAUAUGGAGCUGCUAUUGCAGCUUGUGAGAGUGGCAGCGCAUGGUCAAGAGCAGUGGAACUGUUGGGGCGAAUGCAGAGAGAUCAGUGCACUCCCAAUGCGAUAGCUCUAGGGGCGGCUCUGGUCGCUUGUCAGACCAGUAUGCAAUGGUCUCAGGCAACAAAAUUGAUGGAGAACUUCAGACUUUCUCAGACUACGCUUUCGCACAGAAGCUCUCAAGGCUCUCAGCUUGAAUGGUGCAAAAGGAUACACAUGAUCAGUGACACAGCUGCGAUGAAGGCGCUCGUUGCUGCAGAGAAUUGGGCGAGCGCCCUGCGAGUGUUUCUGCAGAUGCGGCAAGCCCAGUUGAAGCCAGAUGAACUAGCUUAUACUGUAGCGCUGAAUGCCUGCAGCAUCGGUGCCAAGUGGGAAAUGGCAUUAGCCUAUUCUCACGAGAUGCUGAGGCAAAAUGUCCCGUUGCGGAACGCUCAGCUGGCAGCCGCAGCAAGCGCUUGUAGAUCCAAUGGCAAAGAGAUGAAACUGAUACAGAUGUUGCGCGGAACAGCGACGGCUGGAAGAAAUCUGGGCUGGAUGCUGGACAAAAGGCGGUACAUCAGCACCAUUAGAAGGCUGCGCCCACUUUGAGAAAGCGUAUGGACUCAGAUGCCCGUGUGGCCUCCGUGAAAA